GAGAAAUUAACUCAAAAAAUUCCAGUAGCGCUUUGGCUAAGAUUACUACAUGGCGUCGGGGAAAUGUUUCUAUUUCUUUUCUGUGUUAUUGUUUAAGAUAGCAAUUCCGCGAAAUACCACCGCAAUUCUCAAUAAGCUGAUAAGGUGCUGACACGUUUUCAUAGACUACCACCAGAUUCAUUUUGCUUCUUUUUUUUUGGCAGGAAAUGUUUGAUCAUUGACUUUGCCGGAAAUUUCAGGCAACAAGCGGGGCGCUAACUGUUUUGGAUCUCCGUUUAAAAUUGGACAAACAUCUAAUGAAUUGGUCAUGUUCGUCGGAAUGCAACCAACAUUGACGAACAGUGAACAGUGAUAAUUUCAUAAUGAUUCUUAACUAUGGUGCGACCUGCAAUCAUUUCCCCUGGGUGGCUCGAGUAGUUUCUCGCUUUAGACAUCUCCAGAUCUCGCCUUUCACAUUAACAUACUUGUAGUACACAUAUCAUUCCAUAAACCAUUGACAAAUCAAAGCUUCAGGCAGCUCCGCUCCUCACCCACUGAUGAAACCUCUUAGGAAAAGUGAAAAUCCACCACACGUCUAGCGAGACUGAUUGGCGCAACGAAGCAGACAAUUGCCAAAGCACAAGGCACAAUUUGUCGCCACUCCACUGCAGUGGCAGUAAGUAAUACAAUCCCCCAAAACAUUAUUAUAAAGUCGAUGACAUCGCUGCCGGGCGAGCUUAGUCAUAAUGUGGCCCACCAAACGGAAGGUUCAGGCGGCUUUGAGCCUUCUUUGGCUCAGUCUCGUCUCAGUUUCUCUGGCAGAGAAUGCCAGCGAUGAUCCGGCCAGCAAUCAAAUCAAUUCGGAUGGCUCGGCAUCAGGCAAGAGUUUCGAUCCACCGCCAGAGUUCUACAAAGGCGGCCUCUCAUCGGAGACACAGGCUGCUUCAGGGCUACACCCUUCGUUGGGCAGGUUGGGUGAGAGCCUGAGCGAGGCCUAUAGCAAGUGGCGCAAUAGUCCGCAGGAGCGCAUUAUUGUGGGCCACUAUGGAGGCGGAGUAGCAUCGCAUGGACAGAACCACGUUAACUUUGAAACUAAUCCCCAUAACCAUCCAUAUCCUUAUGAGUACAACACACACGGCGGUGGGGGGGGGUCUGUUGGUGGUGGGGCUGGAGCCUACUACAGCGGCGGCUCAAGUGGCGAAACAGGUGGAAUACCAUUCGACGUCUAUGGAACGCGUCAUGGUGCUGGCUUGGGACAUCCCCAUUAUAAUCCUGCCCCAGCUGGCCCGGAGUAUGCCUAUCACUAUCCUGUGGAGGCCCAUGAGAUAGCCACGCACAAGGGUCAGGGACAUAGCGAUGUCUCGGCGAAGGCGCUGUUGGCCAAGAGUUUUUUAAUACCUCUGGCAAGUGCGGCUGUACUGGGCAUAGCCGCCGCAUUGGUAAGUAAUCCUCUGCUGCUGCAAUUGGGCACAGUCUCCGGAUUGGGACAGGCGUUAGCCGGCAAGCGCAAGCGACGUUCUCUAAGGCGGCCGCAUCUAUCUGACAAAUGGUAACAGGAAUGCUGGGAAGGGAAUUUAAUUAAUUCAUUUAAUAAAUAUGCCAUUCAUAGCAAGAGUAAACAAUGAAUUUAUUUAAUUUGAUUUUUUGUUUGAACGAAGUUGUACCGAUAAGUAAAGACCUUCCCUUCGAUAAGACUAUAUUUAUACUGUUAAUUAUACAAAGGGGACCUUUGACUUGAUCGAAGUGCCAAGUAAUUCUAAGAAAUUUUCGCUUAUCGUGCAAUAAUAUUUUAUCAGAUGAUUUAUAGUCAUCACAAUUUAAUCUACAGUAAUCCAACCAGACUUUUCUAACCGACAAGCUGUAAAAACCUAAGCAAAAACCUUAUGGGAAAAAUAUAUGUGCGCUGCGCUGUGGAAAGGAAUGUUAUUAUAGAAUUGAGGAAAUUCUUGUCACCGCUCAAAUUUUGUAAAGCUUUCUCAACGAUAUAUUACAGUUCUUCUUACAGAGAGCCCAAAAACGUACCAGAGAUCGAGAUCGGGACUGAGAUAUAUAUACAGAAAACAAAUCAAAUGCAUGGAUAUGUAAAAACAUGUCAAUCUGUGAAAAAGAUAUUAUUAAUAACGUUUCAAAGCAGCGUGGAAAAUGUAAUAUUAAAGUAACGAAAUAGGGUAUACAAAUGUCCAUACCACCGGUUGACAAGCAACAAGUGUUCAAAUACCAACAAGUGUAAGAAAUGACGUAACAUUCCAUACUCACUUACGUUACAUUUCAAGCUCACUUACAUUUUAUACCGCUGGUGUUUGAACAAUGUGCCUCGUGCAUACAAGACAUUCGAUUCAUACCACUGCUGCAAAUACUUUAAACUAUUUGUUGUCUUGUCGUUAUGUUCACCAAACGCAGAUACCGCUCUCGCUUUGCCAGCGACGAGCAACAGGGGAAUACGGCUGUGGACGCUGAGCCAAGCGCCAAGCAAUAGUGUCAGCUGGAGUCCUCAGCUACGUGGACGAGUUCAGCACGAUGAUGAAAAGAGCUCGCAUGGGUCAGCGCCAUCUAAGCAACAGAAAGGCCAGCCCAGCCUCACUUUCCUCUUGCUGGACAUCUCCAAAGAGUUUGAAAUUCAUAUGGCCCAACCAGUCCCUGGGACGAACAGUGGAGAUUUAACGUCUAACAUUCCACU